CUGACCCAUAUAAAGUGCAUCUCAUUGCACUGCUGGUGUAGAAAUGUGCUAUUCAGAAGUCCGCUGCACAAUAUGUGGGUGAAACAUGAGAGCGUGGGAGGACACAGAAUUAAGUGUUCGAUUAAACAUAUAGUGAAACAGAAGAACGUCUUCUAGCCCACGUGGAAAAAAAAAAACAUUGCAAAAAGACAUGCGUUGCAGGUUGGACUUGAUUGCCACUGAGUUCAAGGAUCUCAAGAUGACUAUCUAUAAUACUCUAGAUUUGGCUCUAUACAUCAAGAUCAGGAAGUUUGAGGCUUUCUCACCAGCCCAUAUAAACAGAAGAAAAAUAGAUGCAGGGCUCAGUCACUCACUGGACCAACUCUGAAGGGAACUAAUCAAGGAGCUUACAUUUUUAUUCUGAAGAUGCAACUCUCAAUGGUUUUCAGAGCUGUGCUGCUGCUUUAUCUGCUUGCCUUGUUAUUAAAUCCUGCUGCUUCUGAGAAAAAGUGAAAAAGAAAAAGAAAACCGAAGUGUCAAAAGAAAGGAAAGUGGGUCAUCUUGGAUCCAUCUCUGAGCCUCUCGACGAUUCCCCCGCAGUCUCCAAGCAGAUCUUUAUCACCAUGGACUUACGAAGAAUCCUAUGACGAUUCACGAAUCCCAUCCACAAUUUCUGAGGCAAAAUGUGAAAAAAGAGGCUGCUUAACCAAAGAUGGGGAGGAAGACUUGGGACUGGAAUCUAAACCCAUCAACUAUCAGAUCAUCGUCUUGAAGAGAGUGAAGAAAAAAAAUUCGAAGAACUACACCCUUCAGCUAGAGACUAAAGAAAUUAGUCUGGGCUGUACAUGCGUUCUACCCGUCGUCGUGCCUCAGAAUUAGUUCUGUACUCUUACUGUAUUAAAUAUUGUUAUUAUAUCUAAUCUGCUUAUAGGUGCAACAAGCGUCUGUGGCUCUUUUCAACAGCUUUAUAUUUAUUAUCUUUGAUUAAUUAAAUAUGUUUUUCUUUGCUUUAUAAUGGUCAGUUUCAGUGCUAUAACUGUAUUAAUAAGACAAGAUCAAAUGCAAAAAAAAAAAAAAAAUCGUUGGUUUAGUUAAGAGAAGCAUUUAUUUGAUUCGAACUAGAGAAUUUAGUCAUCUGGAAAUUACAAACACAGGGAGGAUUUACAUUCCAUUUUCUCACCAAAUCUGGUCGAUUAACAACAAUUCUGAGCAUUGCACAUACGACAGCUCUUCUGACGCUGCAGACACCAACAUCAAACUUCUAUUUCUUCGUAAAAUAAAUGACUAGAAUAAAGCUCAGUGACAUGCCAAAGCAAAGUGCACCAUUCAUAUCUAAAACUAUUUCCCAAAUCCAAAGAGGAUCUUUUUGUCACACCUGAGUGAUAUCAUUCUUCAUUUCUGAGAUGCCGCUUAUGUGUUUUCCUACUGAUGAGCAUCAUAAUACAAAUAUAAUGAUUGAAAAAAAGCUAAAUGUGCUUUUGAGUUGUGCUUAAAGUGUCACUGUGCUCCACUUUUAAUGUAUCUGAGAGGGUUAUGAGAAUUUACUAGUAUUCAUUUGAUCAUAUUUUUACCUCACAACUGGAAAUGUGACAGAUAAUGUGAUAGAUAAACCUCUAGUCACCUGAUUACAGAUGCUUAAUAUAUUACACAAGCAUGCCUGAGGUUCUAUGAAACCCUAUUAUUGAAUAUUAAUAUCAAAUGAUAAUUAAAGAAGCAUGAGCCAAAGCCUCAUUAGAUGGCACGUGUUUUGGAAAAAGAUGCUUUUGUGAUACUGCCAUUAGUGAAGUGUGACUUUAAUAUGUAGUUUAUGUUAACGUAUUCAUCUGUACUGGUUAUGGAGGUUAUAAAAAGCAUCUCUUCAUCAA